AUGGUCCUCAAAGCCGAAGUCUUCGACGCUAUCUCGAGAAUUCUGAACACCGUCAACGGCGGAGUUCUAUGGAAAGGCGCCGCCGUACCAGGGCCGAGAUGGAAGUGGUCCAUCGGACAGUUUAAAGAUAAAUUCAUGAACGGCCGCGCCAGUUCAGAAGAAUGGUGCCGUUAUGGACCAGUGUACAGAAUCUGGGCUGGUGCACAGCCUGAAAUCGUUUUGACGACUCCCGAAGAUAUUCGUACGUUCCACACCGACUCCGCUGAACAUGGCAAGCCCCUGAACGUGCACUGGGGAUGGUUCUUUGGCCAGCUUCUGGGCAGAGGUGUUGGCUUGAUUUCAGAUAACGACUGGAAGAACCUGCGUCGCAUCGUCGACCCGCCGUUCAGACAUAGCGCCGUUGUAAGCCGUGCACCCCUCACGAACGCCGAGGCAAAGAGAUUCGUCGACACUCUGGGUCAGACCGCCAUCACGGGCCGAGAGAAGCUGGACCAAACCCGAUUUUCAAUACAUGCUGCGACCUCGUUCAUGAAAUUUCCUUUUUUCUUCGCCUCCGAGGUCAUAUACGGACGACUAAGCGACAGCGAGAAACACCGGCUUUGGGAGCUUGCGGAAAAGCGUCUUGCUCUAACGCCCUACCUCUUUAAGGGCGCAAUCUACCGGACCCCGUGGUUCAAGUGGUGGAAUGGUGCAGCCUAUCGUCAGCUUCGAGCUUUUACAAAUGAUUGGAGCUCUUUCAAUAAAGAGAUGGCUAGCACACGGAAAGAACAGGGUGUUAUCACUCCAAUUUCGUCCUAUUAUGACGAACUUCAGCAAGGGAGCGCUUCACAGGAUGAGAUUCUGCACACCAUCGAUGAGAUGCUUUUUGCCAACCUCGAUGUGACUACUCAUGUUAUCACAUGGUUUGUCACCCUGGUGGCGGAGCACCUGGAAGUGAAGCAGGCGCUGCGAGAAGAAGUCGAGGCGAAUAAGGACAAUAUGGAGGAAUACAUCGCCAAAACGAACACCCACCUCCACCGAUGCUUCUACGAGUCUCUCCGUCUGCGGCCAUUGACAAUCUUUAGUAUCGGCGAGAGUGCUCAGAGCGUCAAAAACUUCCGUGGGAUCCUUGUCAAGCCCAAGACCAUGGUCUUAGUUGACACACUUGCUAUCAAUGUUCGGAACCCAUUCUGGGGCUCAGACAGGAACACGUAUAACCCAGAUCGUUUUAAGACUGUCAAGCAGACUGAGGUGAGUGGCAGAAUCCCCUAA